CACUCACACACUCAUUCCCCCGUGCUCACACCGAUCAAUGCAGCUAUGAAGAAGAACCCCGCUGAUGAUUGGGAUUAGACCGUGACUGUUAACGGUUUUUGUGUGAAGCGCAUGACGGCUCUCAUGGAUUCCCCCGAAACAUCCAAUGGACUACUUAAGCACUUCAAGAAGGAGGAUUUUGAGACGGACUGGAUUAAAGUGUCAGAAGGCAAAUUUGGUCAAGUGUACCAAGUCAAGGUGAAACUAUGGCGGGAGAAGUGUGCCCUUAAAGUUGUGGACACGCACACCUACAGCAGAAUAAUGGAAGAAGCAUCCGGCAUAGCGAAAGUGAAAUUCAAGUACAUAGUAUCUGUCUAUGGUCUGUGCACUGAAUCACCCGCUAUUGUAAUGGAGUACAUGAGUAAUGGAUCGCUGAACAAUCUCCUAAGUAGUCUCAAUCUGAUGUGGCCCAAGAAGUUCCAGAUGAUUCACGAGGCCUCCAUGGGCAUGAAUUUCCUCCACAGCCUGCAACCCCCACUACUUCAUCUGAACCUGAAGACAGCCAACAUCCUACUGGAUGAUCAUCUCCAUGUCAAGAUUUCAGACUUUGGUUUAAUCCACUGGGAAGAAGGAGCGGACAAAAGGCCAUUCAUAGAGCACCUAAUAGCGAGAGGGAAUAUCAACUAUAUUCCUCCUGAGGCCUUCAGUCAGAACUGCAGUCCUCCAGGACCUUCCUACGAUGUUUACAGCUUUGGGAUUGUAAUCUGGGAGAUUCUGACACAACAGAAACCUUACACGGGGAACAGUAUGACCACCGUACUCUUACAUGUAUCACACGGCAGGAGACCCCGUGUGGAGAUCCUGCCUGAACACAGGCCACGGGAGUGUGAUCAGAUGAUGGGCAUCAUGCAGCAGUGCUGGGAUCAGGAGCACCACAAGAGGCCGCAGUUCUCGGAAACUGUGAGGAAAACAGAAGCCCUGAGCGAAAUCUUGAAGAUCCCUGAAUCGAUGCAAAGUCAGAACAACAUUGUAAAUGGACACCGAUUGGAACACCAAUGUCCAGCUUUCACCGUUUAUGAAAUGUCUUCGCCUCAGAUGUUGGACCUUCUUCCAGACAAACAUUCCAGCAAGGAUGGCGUGCUCUCUCUCCUCCUACAGAAGGACUUUGGUAGUUUCAGGUCAUCGGUAAGGCGAGAGCAUGUGUGCACGCAGUUUACAGGCAGCAAGAGUCUGCUACACUACACGGUGGCCAGUGGAGAUAAAACGAGCGUGGAGCACGUCCUAGGUCUGGGGGCUGACGUCAACUGUUCCAUGGCGAGAGGCUACACGCCGCUGAUCGUCGCAGUCCUCAACAGACUUAACGACAUUGUCUCCUUAUUGCUGGACCAUGGCGCCGACCCCGACCAGGGAGACGAGGACCACUGGACCGCUAUUCAUUUUGCGGCGCAGAAUGGCGAUGACAGGACCGUACGCAUCCUACUGGACAAAGGGGCCGUGGCGGAUGCCCGUGAAAAGUCAGGAUGGAUGCCCCUCCACCUUGCAUGCCAGAAUGGCCAUGAGUCUGUCGUCCGCCUGCUUCUGACACGGCUGUCCGUCAAGGCAAUCGGGGAAAGGGAGGAUGUGCAGGAGAGGACGGCACUCCACUUGGCCGCCGCUUACGGACACGUGAAUAUCGCCAAGCUGCUCCUGUCCCAGGGAGCCGAUCCCAACGUCACCGACGCCUCCCUCUCCACUCCUCUCCACUUGUCAGCCAACGCGGGGCAUAACAGGAUAGUGCGGCAGUUGAUGAAGGACGGGGCUGAGGUUGAGCGAGUGGACAGACGAGGCUACGUCCCGCUUCACCUAGCGGCGCUGAAGGGCCACACCGGCAUAUGCAGGCAACUGCUCUCUAACAAGGCCAGCCCAGAUGCCAAAACGCACCAGGGCUGGACCCCCAUGCACCUGGCCGCCAUUAAGAGACACGAAACCACCGUGAUGGAGCUGAAAAGCCUGGGCGCCAGCGUCAACGUUCCAGGUGAAAACGGAUGGACGGCGCUCCACCUCGCCUGCCAUCAGAACGAGCCCCAACUGGUGGCCAAGCUCCUGGCGGCCCAUUCCGACCCCAACGUGGUGGAGGACAGCGAGCAGUGGACGCCAUUACACAUGGCCUGUGCCAGUCUCAGCUUCCCAAGCGUCCUCCACUUGAUUUCCUACCAGGCUGAUGUGAAUGCUGUCAGCGCAGCAAAGGCAACACCUUUGCACCUGGCGGCCCAGCAGGGCAACGUACCCAUCAUGAAGGCCCUGCUGCUCAACGGUGCUGAUGCAACCAUGCAAGACUGCUCUGGAUCGGCACCUGUGGAUGUCGCCAAGAGGCAUGGGAAAUGUGAAGUGGCGCAACUGCUAGAGAGACAAUUUGAAGCCUUUUGCUAAAUAACACUACACCGUUUCAGGCCCCAUACAGUAUGUUGAUGAAGGCCACCCUUCGGACGAACGAGGGGAAGAUUAUGACUAACGAAAGCAAAUUCCUCAGGUAAAACGACUGUUGCUAAUUAUUUUCUUUAGAAAUCGUCUUCCAGCAGAGGAUGAUUCCAUCGCUGUAAAAAACGUUAAAAUUGUGUCCUGCAUGAUCAUUCUUUCUGUCACCACAAAGUAUGCACUGCUAUUUAAGUCUUCCAGCUAACUGAAUAAGACACUUUUUGGAACUCUUUUAUACAAUGUAACUCAUUUUUCUUUCUUUAAAAAAAUAUAUUUAUAUUUUUAUAUACAUUUUGCAAAAGUUGUUUUACAUUAAAUUAUUUAAUUCCAAUUUCAA